UAUAGAUAUGAAAUUAAACAGGCAGUACUUCUCUGACUGCCGAUCGAAUUUCAACAGACCGCGCAAUAUAUUGGGAUUAUCAAAAAUGUCUCGAACAUUACCGGCUACCUAUGUGAAGGGAUUCCAUGAUGAGGCGAAGGUGCGCCGGAUGGAAUACCGCAAUCUCGGAAAGACCGGCCUGCAAGUCUCGAAAGUCUCUUUCGGGGGCGGCGCCCUGUGCGCGAACUACGGUUUUGAUUUGGAGGAGGGAAUUCAGACGGUGCACGAGGCCCUAAAGUCAGGCAUCAACUACAUUGACACUGCUCCCUGGUACGGUCAGGGUCGCUCCGAGGAGGUCCUGGGACUGGCACUGAAGGAUGUGCCGCGGGAAUCCUACUAUAUCGCCACGAAAGUGGCUCGCUACGAACUGGAUUACGAUAACAUGUUCGACUUUAGUGCCAAGAAGACACGCGAAAGCGUGGAGAAGAGCUUGAAACUCCUGGGCCUGGACUACGUCGAUGUCAUCCAGAUUCACGACAUCGAGUUUGCCAAGGAUCUGGACAUUGUGAUCAACGAGACACUGCCCACUCUGGAGCAGCUGGUCAAGGAGGGCAAGGCCAGGUUCAUUGGAGUAUCCGCUUACCCGGUUUCGGUGCUCAAGGAGUUUCUGACCCGAACAGUCGGAAGACUCGAUACGGUCCUCACUUAUGCCAGAUACACCCUGACCGAUGAAACGCUCCUGGAGUACCUGGAUUUCUUAAAGUCCCAGAACCUGGGCAUCAUCUGUGCCGCGGCUCAUGCCCUCGGACUGCUGACCAAUGCCGGUCCACAGCCAUGGCAUCCGGCUAGUGAUGAGCAGAAGGCCAUUGCCCGGAAGGCAUCGGAGGUCUGCAAGGAGCGCGGCGUGGAGCUGGGCAAGCUGGCCAUGUACUACACGAUGAGCGGACUGCCCGAGGUGAGCACCUUCCUCACGGGCAUGCAGACGCGCCAGUUGCUGCGAAUCAACCUGGAUGCCAACGAAGUGGGCCUCAGCGAUAAGGAGCAGGAAGUGCUGCGCUACCUGAAAGAAAAUGUUUUGACCAAGCCUUUCGAUUGGGAGGGCAACGAACUGGAAGUAUAUUGGGCGGCCCUGAAGAAGAAAUAAUGAUGAAAUGAUCUUAAAAUCGAAACGAUAAAUAUGCACUUUUGCGGCAAA